AUGCCCUCGCCCGGCCUCACGCCCUCGCAGCGCUCCGCCUUUGCCCGCGACGGCUACCUCAUCAUCCCCGGCGCCCUGCCGCCCGCGACCGUAUCCUCGCUCCUCGGCGAGACGCACCACCUGCUGUCCUCGUUCUCGCUCGCCGACCACCCGCUCACGCGCUUCUCCACGGGCCAGCGCUCCGCCCACGUCGGCGACGACUACUUCCUCGCCUCGGGCGACAAGAUCCGCUUCUUCUUCGAGGAGGAUGCCUUUGACGCCGCCGGCCGCCUUGUUCGCGACAAGCACCGCGCCGUGAAUAAGAUUGGCCAUGCCCUGCAUGCGCUGAGCCCGCCUUUUCGCGCUCUCUUGCGCCCGGAAGACGGCGAGGGAGCGGAACAGGCGACGACCGGGGUAAGCCCCGCCGCCGUGGCGCGCGACCUCGGCUUCCGCGACCCGCGCGUUCUUCAGAGCAUGGUCAUCUGCAAACAGCCCGAAAUCGGCGGCGCCGUGCCCCCGCACCAGGACUCGACCUUUCUCUUCACCGACCCGCCCUCGGCCGUCGGCUUCUGGUACGCCCUCGAAGACGCCACCCUCGCCAACGGCUGCCUCAGCUUCCUCCCCGGCUCCCACCGCUGGGCCCCCAUCACCAAGCGCCUCGUCCGCAAGACCGGCCCCGACUCCCCCGGCACCGAAAUGGUCGACAACGACGGACCGCUCUUCCCGGCCGGCCACGACCCGCAGGGCGCGCAGCCUCCCGCCGCCGACGUCGGCGAUGGUGCCUAUGUGCCUGGGGAGGUCAAGGCUGGUGACCUGGUGCUUAUCCAUGGCAACCUUCUGCACAAGAGCGAGCGCAACACGAGCCAGAAGGGGAGAAUCAUCUACACCUUUCACAUGAUCGAGGCCGACGGCACCACCUAUGACGAGAGGAAUUGGCUGCAGCCGCCCGACGAGGGCUUCACUAAGCUUUUCACGUAG